AAUUAGGUUUGGUCAUGACCCAACCCAUUUUCAGUCGGGUUGGACCAAGAGUGUUCACUGUGUGUAAACUUAAAGGACCAAAAUAGACUUUGAGGAUAGAUAGGGGUAGUAUUCUGUUUAUUUUUCUGAAAGAAGUUAGUAGGUUGGCGGCGUUGCUAUGGAGUAUAUAUAUAUAUAUAUAUAGAUAACCCAUGAAAAUGCCAAAACCCCAAACGCUCCAAUUUACUUUUACCGCUUUUUCUCUCUCGAAUUCCAAUCAUAAUACAUCAUGGCCGACGGUUUCGAUUCUGAUGCUGUUGAGUUGUCCAACGCCAAAGCAGCUCCAACCGAUUCCGUAAAGAUGAAAGAUGAUGAGAUAAGCUCAAUCUCUAAGAAGCUCAAUGUUACUGCUCAUGAUGAAUCCGAAGAGAAUAAUGGGUGUGUGAGUAGGUGUUCCCUCAAGAUUCAAGUAGUUGAUGAUACUGCUAUGAUUGAUAUUUCUCAACUUGGAAACAACAACAACCCUGCUUCUGCUUUUCAUGAUGCCAAAUCUGCUUUAACGAGGAGGAGAAGAAGAAAUACCAAGAAAAAGAAUAUGCCAAAUCAUCAUCAUCAAGUGGAAAAUGGAAAAAUGGUUGCCAAUUCUGACAAGAAAAGGGUUUAUUCAAGAAAGGAGCUGGAGAAUUUGAGGUUUGUUGGAAUGGAACAACAGAAGAAAAUGUGGGUUGAAGUCUACUGUGGUCUUUCUCAUACCGUGCGAAAGGAGUAUGAUGCCCUCCGCCGACACCUUGGAAAAGAAAAUGCCCCUCUCAAUUCUGGUAAUGACCAUUCAGAGCACUUGUAUGAUCAAGAAGGGAAUAUAGAUACUAGAAAUUAUCCUUUGGCAUUUCCUCUUACUGGGGAUGAUGACAUCUCUUAUGAGAGAGAAAACAAUGUUUAUGAAGAAAGUGAUGAUAGCGAUGAUGAUUAUAGUAGCAUUCAAAGACCUGCCUUUAGAGUUACAGGAGAGCCUGAUUUUGAUUCUGGUCCUCCUGAAGAUGGGCUUGAGUAUCUUAGGCGUGUCAGGUGGGAAGCUUUACGGUUGCCCAAAGUGAAGAUCGCAGCGGUUCAAGGCAGUAAACUAAACAAAGAACAGACGUCUUACAUGCCCCAAAUUCCUGAUAUUGCUAGCUGUCCAGAGCACUUGUUGCCUCUCAAGGAGUGGGAGGAAGCAUUUCUUGCUGAUUUUUCCGAGCUAAGACUGGCUUUAUCACGUUUGGAAGGUAAAACUUCUAGCCAGCUGCAUUCUGCUGCCUUUGUUGAUCAACAACACCCUUCAGAUCAGCUUCCUGAAGACAUUGUUUUGGAUAAGUUUGAUGGUUUGAUAUCUGGAGAAGACGAUUCUUCCCUAUCUGAUGAUCCUGUCCUAGGGAAUUCCCUACCAAAGUCAUCUCCAUUCAAUAGUCGUCCUACCUUGUCUGUUAUCUUACAAAUGGAUGCUGUAGCUCGAAUUUCAAUGUUAAGGAAGCGAAUUACAGCUGUGCAAAGCAUGGGCACUCUUCCAAGGGACGACUGCUUGUGGCUGUUUGCUCUGUGCGCUGCAGUUGAUGCCCCUGUCGAUGCCGAUACAUGUGCAGCGCUACGGUCAUUACUCCGAAAAUGUGCAAGCUUGAGAGCUAACAAGUCCGAACUCGAUGAUGAAGUUAUUAUGCUUAAUAUGUUGGUCACAAUAUCUGGCAGAUACUUUGGACAGUCCGAACAAUGAAAAUCUUUCUACUUCAUCAAAGAGCCUUGGUUUUUGUGGACUUGAACAAAAUGUGUACUCUCCUCCAAUCCAAUUUUAUUUAUUUUAUCACUUGUGUUCCCGUGAUAAUUUAUACUCGAAAAAUAGAGUUAGUUGUAUGUUGUAUUCA